AUGUGCAGACUCGUUCCAAGACACACAAGCUUGCUCGCAACAUGUAACCACUCAUACACUACCAGCAGGCCAUCGACCUCAAGACAAACUCGCCAUAAUCACACAGCUUCACCCUCGUCCUCCUCGUCCUCCUCGUCCUCCUCCUCGUCCUCCUCCUCCUCCUCCUCCCCCAGCAAGACCUCAGCGCCGCUUCGCAUCCUCUUUUGCGGCUCCGACGCCUUCAGCUGCGCCUCUCUCACAGCGCUACACGACCUGCACAAGGCCCAGCCCGACCUGAUCGAGUCCAUCGACGUCCUCGUGCGCCCAGGAAAACCCGGCGGCCGCGGCCUGAAGCGCAUCGCCGUAGGACCGCUCUUCCACCUCGCCCACGCCCUCCACCUCCCCUUACACCAGCGCGACACCUUCACGGGCUGGGACCUGCCCCUGCCAGGCCGCCUCACCCACCGCGGCCACCUGCCCUUCAACCUCCUCAUCGCCGUUUCCUUUGGCCUCUUUGUGCCCCCGCGCAUCCUCUUCUCCCUCGCAUACGGCGGCCUAAAUCUCCACCCCAGCCUCCUGCCGGACCUGCGCGGGCCCGCCCCCUUGCAGUGGACCCUCCUCGCCAACCGGCCCGGCGCCGGCGUCACCCUGCAGACGCUUCACCCGACCGAGUACGACCGGGGCCACAUCCUCGCGCGCACCCCCACCCCAGGCCUCCCCAUCCCGCCACGGUGCACCACCCCGCAGCUCCUCGAGAGCCUCGCCCCAGUCGGUGCCGCCCUGCUCGCCGACGCUCUCCAGCAGGGCCUACACGUCCCCCCCUAC